AGUAAUUAUGUGGUUGGGGGAGAUGUUGACUGCGGAAAUUCCUUCAAUGCAGCCCGGGAGGAGGUGUGCGAAGCCUCCACGAGCGGCUCGGGGGAAGCAAACCCAUUGCAACAGGUUACACCAAAGAUGCUGCAAAUCCAGGACCCAAAGGAAUGGCAGAAGAUGCACCAGGGGAGGGUUAGGUUGGACAUCAGGGAAAGGUUCCUCACCCAGAGGGUGGUGGAGCACUGGAACGGCUCCCAGGAAAGCAGUCACAGCAUCAAAUCUGACGAUAUUCCAGAAGCGUUUGGCCAAUGCUCUCACCCACACGGUGUGAAUGUUGGGGUGUUCUGUGCAGGGACAGGAGUUGGACUCGAUGACCUUUAUGGGUCUCUUCCAACUCAGGGCAUUCUUUGAUUCUAUUAUUCCACUGCUCCAGCCGGAGCCUCCGUGGGCAUCUUGUGGCUCUGGAGCAGCACCGGGGGCCACCGGGGAGCGAGGCCGAGCCUCCGGCUUCCUUUAGACUUGCAGGUUUUGAAAGAACAUCCUCCUGCGAGCAGGGUUGCAGCGAGUCGUGCAAAGCAAUUCCCAGCAGUGCCAUGGCCAGCGCUGGGAGAGCCCGGGAUGGAGAGCGGGAGCCGCUGCCGAGCCGGGAGAUGGAGCCGGAGCCCCCUGGACCCCCACCGCUGCCAGGGAAAACUCAGAGGUAACGAAAUGCGUUGCAAAUGAGACCCAAAAAUGAGCUUCCCAACAGCCCCCCAGCAAAGCUGCUUCAGCCCAAGAGUUUGCACUAUAGGGAGAGGCAAAGGCGGUGAUCCGAGGUUUGCCGAGCGGGGGCAAAGCCUGAUGGAUGUUGCACAGCAAGCGAAGACCCCAGAAAACGGAAUUUUAGACAAAAGCCACUGCGGUUUCAGUACCGUUUGUGGCAGCAGGGGCUGAGCUGCAGAGUGGCCCUCAGCCCGGCCAGGACAGGGAAGCGAAACCCCAACUGGGGUAGCGGAUGGCUCCUUCCCACAGCUUUCCUCCUUACGAACUCUCCGCUUUUCCCUCCCCAUCCUUCUCCCCACACCUGCGCUGGGGAUGUCGAAGGCUUUUCCUGCUCUUUUCCCUCCGCUGCAUCCUUGCAGCCCAAUGGGAACCCUCCAGGCAGACAUGGAUGUGUUUGCACGUGGGUUUGCACAUGUGAAGCCCCAAAGCUGCUCCCACUCCCCGGAGCACCCCCAGUGCAGGAACUGGAGCCACUGGGACCCCAAACUCAAUGUCUUUUACCCCAAAACCACGCAGCCAGGCCUCCGCUUCCCCUUUUUCUUUAUUCUUCCCCCUGAGCCAGCACGGAAAGGAGUUGGAGAGAGCAAGCACUGACUCCUGGCUCGGUGCAGGGCCGGCACACGUGCCCGCUGCAGCAGCCUGGACGGCGGUACCCCCGGACCACCCACCCCCAUGCCGGACACGCCGAGGGGCGGCUCGCCUCGACCCCUCAGUUCAGCCCUCAUCUACAGCAACGUGGGAGAGCUGCGUGCACACCUCGUCCCCCCCAAGGCCAGCCGAGGGGAAGGAGCCCGGAGCUCCUCUUCUCAGCCCAACCGGGACCCACUGCCUCCCCCAUUGCCGAAAAAACAGCUCCAGCGAGCGGAGUCCCUCCCGGAGCAGAGGCCAUCCCAGCAUUGCCAGGGUGACCUCACGCCAUGGGCUGGUAGCAUCCUCUACAGCAUCCCACCACGGAAGGAGGAGGGGGGUCUCAGCUCCAUCCACCCAUGGGACAGACCCUCGCGGGGACCUAAGAAGCCCCUGACCAAGUCCCAAAGCUUGGGAGAAGCGGUGGCUUGGAGCAGCCCGCAAAAACCCCAAUGGCUGAGCCCAGCGGAGCUGACGUUUGGAACGGCGGAUGGGGAGCUGGGGAAGCUGCUGGAGAGCCAAGUUGGGGUGUGCGGAGUGGUGUUGGGGUGCCAGGCGGCCACCCUGGCGCGGCUCUCAGGUCACAUCCAGGAGGAGCUGAUGGGGCUGGAGGAGAGGCAGCAGCUGCUGGAGGCAGAGCUGGCAGGGAAGAGGUGGGCAGCGCUCAGCAUCCUGGAGCGGGAGCCGUGCUGCGAAAGCGGGGACGCGUGGUAUUUCAGGGUGGGCUUCACCUUUGAGCAAAGGCAGCUGGUGUUUGCGGCCAAGGUCCCCAAGCCAUGCUGCACCAGCCUGGGGGUGCAGAGCUCCCUCGGGGUGCACUGCAACAUCCAGCGUGUGAUUGGCCACUUCACUGACCACCUGCCUCAGGAGCUGGUGCUCCCGGAAAGCCCUGGAGAGCAGAGUGGAUCCCCAUCUGGAGAGGAACCAGCCUGUCCUGCUACUCACCCUGUCCUGCAGGUCCUCAUUUCUCCUGAGGUUCCAUACCAAACCCUGGCAGGCUUUGUGGAAGGAUCCCAUGGAUUACACAGGACCAGCCCUGGGCACUACGAACGCCUGGCUUGCCUCCUCCUCCUGCAGGUGUGCAUGGGGCUGGAGCAUCUCCGGGUGCAGCACGUGAGGCGGGGGGACCUCUGCCCUGAGAACCUGCUGCUGGUGCAGUGCCCGUGUCCUUCCCAGAGCCUGCGAGGCAAGGUGGCGUCCCCAGGGCUGUCCCUUCCAAGGCUGCUCAUCAGCAGCUUCUUCAAAGUUAAAGACAAGCGAAGACCUUGUUCUGCCAACCAAGAGCAGGACCAGACUGAGGGGCUUGCUGCACCGCCCUCGCAGGUGGCAGAAGAGCUGCACGUAGGCAUGCUGAUCUAUCAGAUCUUGCACGUGGACAUCUCUCUGGAGAACAUCUUGGGGUUCAGAAGCAAUAGGCUUCCUGAAAUCCCCUCCCUGUCCAUCUAUUCCACGGGACUGAAGCGUCUGGCCACACUGCUUCUCCACAGAGACAUCCACAAGAGGGUCUCCAUUGAGCAGGCAAGGAGCAUCCUGCAGGUCCUGCUCUGGGGGCCUCGCCAGGAGCUCUUUGCCAGGAGCAAGAAGACCCUCACUCUGCUCCGGAGCUGGGUGGAGGUGAAGAGGGCUCUGCUGCUCCUGAAGUUUGCGGAGAAUUGGGCUGGGGUGAUGGGGAGCCCUGGCCUCGAGGAGUGGCUCUGCUGCCACUACUUCGAGGAGGUCACCGAACAAACACUCUACCAAGUCACUCAGGUUCUCUACACUCCCUAAAGGAAGGCUGAAGUUCGGUCCGUCCAAAGAUGUCCUCAAAGCCCAUGAGGACCUGACUAAAUCCACCAGCUCAAAAGGAACUCCAGCUGGGAAACCUCUGGGCAACCUGACUGGGAAACUUUCCUUUGCAAACCCGAUCUCGCCUCCCCCACCACACAUCAGUGGGGACCAAACUCCCACCCGUGGUUCCCACAAUACUGGGGGUGUUCUUACACAUACGAUCGAUUUUCGUUCAACACUGCGAGUCCAGUUUAUCAGGGAAGACGGAUGGAUGGAAGCCACAGGACCAAGCCCCAGUUUAGUGGCUGAUUAUCCUGAGUCGGGUUUAUGAAGCUUAGUUUGCACAACACCCCCUUAGACCCCUCCUACGACCAAGGCUUCCACUGUUUUAAAUAACGAAGCAAAGCCACACGUUACAGCUCACCUUUAAUGCCCAGAAAUCCAACACCUCGUGCAGUCUGCUCUUCCAAGAAACAAUCUGUGGCGCAGUCACAAAUAUCAAUGACAUUUGGAAGGAGGAAAUACAGCAGCCACACAGCUACAAUAAAACCCAGAGCUGAGCCUCUUAAAUACUGGUCCUUUAUGUGCUUCUUUGACAGCGUUACACACCCCAGUGAUGCAUUCAGAGAGAAAAACAAAACCAAACCGCACUGUCCAGCAGUGAUGAGCCAGAACAGCCUCGAUGGCACCUGGUAAAUCAUUUGCCCCAUCCCUGGAGGUGUUCAAGGCCAGGUUGGAUGGGGCUUGGAACAACCCGAUCCAGUGGGAGGUGUCCCUGCUCAUGGCAGGGGGUGGGACUGAAUGGGCUUUGAGGUUCUUUCCAACCCAACCCAUUCCACGAUGCUAUGAAACCACCGAGCAGUAAGCUCACAGCUGCCUGGGUUGGUGGGUUUCUGCCUCCUGCCCUCCCUGCUGAGCACGGACAGGCAGCAGCCUCAUCCCCAAGACCCAGCUAAGAGCACAGCACCGCUGAGCAAGGCUCUGCGCAUGGUGGGGAACGGUUCCCCUCUGGAGCAGCACCCAAACCUGGCACCGCAACCCUCCCACUGAGGCUGGAGGAGCAAGGUGGGACCAGACACGCUCCCUGGCCACACAGACCCUGACACGGUCACCACACAAGCACGGCCAGUCCACAGAAACAUUGUUCGAACUUCAGCAUGGGCUUUGGGGCCAAAACCAGACAAGUAGGGGCUGUCCUGGGGGAGCUCAGUCCUCACCACUGCUCCUGUAGUAUCUUGUGUGGCUACAAGAUGGCAGUAAAGCCCUUGGCACAGCAGCAGCUCGCCCAAAGCCACCUCGGGCAGCUGAAUCUGGAAAAAACAAAGACAAAAUUUGUUCCUGCAGGCCUACCCCAGGCCCAGAGCAGCACCCCUGAGCACCCCUGCUUCUGGUGUUCCCCCUCCCAUUUUGCCAGGAGCAGCUUGGAGCAGCCAAGGUCACUGGAACAUCUACAGGGGACUGUAGCCUUCAAGGCAGCACCACACACAUAGAAUCACUAAGGCUGGAAAAGACCUCUAAGCUCAUCCAGCCCAACCGUCAGCCCAACACCACCAUCCCAAAUAAACCAUGUCUUGAAGUGCCACAUCUGCACAUUUUUUUAACCCCUCCAGGGAUGAAGACCCCACCACCGCCCUGGGCAGCCUCUGCCAGGCCUUCAUCACUCUUUAGGUAAAGAAAUUUUUCCUAAUAUCCAAUCUAAACCUCCCCUGGGGCAACUUGAGGCCAUUUCCUCUCAUCCUAUCACCUUCACUUGGGAGAAGACACCAGCAACAGAGAGCAAUGAGGUCUCCCCUCAGCCUUCCUCUUCUCCAGGCUAAACAGCCCCAGUCCCAGUUGUGCCACAGGCCGUACCCUGGCACCCACAGAGCAGAGCCUGGGUCGAGCUGUGGCAGUGUUAUCCAGAAGUUGAUAUAAUUAGCAGAAACCACAAUUAAGCAGACCAUCAGGAACACCCACCUUCCACUGUGUUGCUGCUUACCAAAGGGGCUCUCCGGGAACACAGUGCCAAUCCCCCAGGUUACUUCACGCUGCAGAUACCACUAUGGGAUCUGCUCCCUGCUGCAAAGGAAUCUCAGGACUACAUUUUGGUGUAUUCCAUGCGAUUCCAGCACUGCUCAGCCCAGAACAUCUGCCUCAGGGUGGUCCUUAGGCACCUUCAGACUCCCCUCCACCCCCAACCCUGUGCUGCGCACAGCUCCAGCUCAGCCUCGCAGAGCUCACACUCAUGAACAUCACAUGCUUCUACUUAACAACCUGGGAAAACAACCCAGCCCAGGGAUUCACUGCUCCAAAGUUUUAUAGAGAAAAGAUUCCUCAGCUCAAACAGUGCUUGAACCACCUUCGAAUGGGAAAGAAAAAUGCAAUGCUUGAAAGCCCAGCCUUUUGGAGACUUCUGCCCCUCUAUUCCUCUCUUGUGAGACCUCAUCUGGACUACUGUGUCCAGUUCUGGAAUCCUCAACGUAAGAAGGAGAUGGGGCUGUUGGAACGGGUCCAGAGAAGACUACAAAGAUGAUCUGAGGGCUGGAGAACCUCCUGUACGAGGACAGGCUGAGAGAGUUGGGGUUGUUCAGCCUGGAGAGAGAAGGCUCAGAGGUCUUAUAGUAACCUUCCAGUUCCUGAAGGGGCUCCAAGAAAGCUGAGGAGGGGCUGUUCACAAAGGGUUGUGGUGACAGGAUGAGGGGCAAUGGGUGUAAACCGAAGAGGGGCAGAUUUAGAUGUGAUAUAAGGAAGAAUUUCUUCCCUAUGAGAGUGGUGAGGCCCUGGCCCAGGUUACCCCGGGGAAGUUGUGUCCGCCCCAUCCCUGGAGGGGUUCAGGCCCAGGUUGGAUGGGCCUUGAGGAGCCUGGUCUGGUGGGAGGUGUCCCUGCCCACAGCACGGGGUUGGAACUGGAUGAUCUUUAAGGUCCCUUCCAACCCAAACUAUUCUGAUUCUCUGGUGCCUUCAGCACAGGCUUUAAUUCCAGCACCACGCAAGCAGCCGUCUUUCCCCUGCUCAGCAUCCCCAACACUGAUAGACUGCACACCAAGAGGCAUAGUGGGAGAGCAGUGUCUUCUGCUCACACUUCCACCACAGCCCAUCUCCCGGGAAAGUCACAGAGCCUGUCCACCCUCCAUGACGGUAUUGUCACUAUGCGAGAGCCACCAGCCUUCCUAGACCACAAAGAACUCCCCAAGCCAUCCUCUGUGCUUAACGUGCCAGCGUAGGGCUCCACCGUUACUAAACACAUUGAGGCUUCAGCUAUCACAGCUGCACGUUUGACACUAAAGCUCAAGUUUCAAAGCUCAAGGUACUCAAGCACUGCGCUCAGCAUUUCACUCCUGACUUUCCAGCUGCCCCAACACAGAGUAGGGAUGCAGCGAUCCUGAUUAAACACCCCCCACACAUCCUGAUAAGAGUAGGGAUGCAGUGAUCCCCAAUUGCCAGUGUUUCCACCAAACAACCCGCUGAUUAUUUCACUGAAAAUAUGAUUUUAAAGGAUUGCUAAAUGAUUUAAA